GUGUGUUUCUUUUCCAGCCAUUUCAAAAUUUAUUUUUCUUGGUUGACGAAAAUUACAGAAUUGUGAGUUAUUUCUUCGGCUGGAUAUAAAUUCAUAUAAAACAAUAGUAAUAAAGAAAUAAAAUGGUUAUAGUGGAAAAAAGCUUUCCGCGAGGAGGGAUCGCAACAACUGAAAGUAAGCCGGACGAACUAAAAGAAAACAUUGUUUUUGGUGCAGUACAAACAAAAGCUAAAAAACAGAAAAGAAAGCCAACGGAAGAUGAGUUCGAAGUUGGCGUGGAUGAAGAAAAUGAUCAAAUUCAAGCCGUAUCCGCCGAGCUACUUAGCUACGAUACCAUACAGGAUGGUAUGAACAUCAUGGGUGUAGUAAAAGCUAUUGAUCAACUAUAUCUCAAUAUUUCAUUGCCCGGUCGUAUAACGGCAAGAGUGUCAGCGCUAGAAAUCUCAGAUGCGUACACAAAAUCUACGAGAGAGUUCCUUGAACAAGUUGAUAAUGGAAAUACUUUUAAACCACUAACAGAUUUAUAUACCGUGGGACAGAUAGUAUAUGGGCGAGUACAAGAAAUAAAACAGAAUGAGCAUGGUCGGAUGCAAAUUUUGAUGUCACUGCGACCAAGUGAAGUGCACGCGGAAUUGGUGCAUACUAAUGUGAAAAAAGGAUUUGUUUUUAAUGGCGCUAUAGAAGAAGUUCAAGAACAUGGUUAUAUUAUUGAAACAGGAAUAAAAGGCUUACGCACAUUUGUUCCGCUGGAAAAAUCCCAAGCUGAUCAUGUUGUUGGAGAAUUGAUAUUCUUAAGAGUGGAGAAACUCACCGCUGACAAAACGGCUAGCACAUGCAUUUGUAAAGAAGUUAAACCUGAGAAUAUGAAAAUAAAAAAUCAAACAGAGCCGAAUAUAGAUUACAUUUUGCCUAGCACUAUUGUACAAUUUUCUGUAACAAAUCAACUCAAGGACGGUUUACAGGGUACCAUAAUGAAUGAAGCCUUUACUGCUUACAUAAACGAACACCAAUUGAUAGAGCCAUUGGCAUUACCGGAAGAUUAUGAAAUAAAUUCGACGAUUAACGCGCGUGUCUUAUACAUCAUGCCACUAACUAAACUUGUAUAUCUAACUCUAAACUUGCGCACAUCCACUGAAGAGCAAUCAUUUGAACCUCAAUAUAAAAGAGGUGAUAUUAUCGAGGCAGCUAGAGUACAUCACCUCGGAACCGGUGGUGUUAUUUUGGUGCUCGAUAACAAGUUUAAAGGUGUAUUGUCUUAUCGUUCCAUAAAAUCAAACUAUAAGGGUAAUUAUGAUCAAGAUGAAGUGUUGGUGAAAUAUGCUAAGAAAACAAAACACAAGGUUCGCGUGCUUGACUAUGAUCCCAUGGAUUCACUAUAUAUUUGCACUGACAACGCAAAUACUGUCAAUGAAAAAGUAUUCGCUUUGGAUGAUUUAAAACCGGGUGAAUUUAUUACUGCUGUCGUGAAGGAACGGGACCUCAGAGUGGGCGGGUAUACAAUGCAAGUUGGCAGAGUUAAAGGCAUAAUUGAAAAGUUGUAUCUCGCGCCGGUACCAAAAACCUUAGAGAUAAACAGCAAAGUACGCUGUCGUGUAUUGGCUGUCAACACUGAACGAAAAACGGUCUAUUUGACAAACCGGCCUGAAUACAUGGCCAAACACUGCAAAGUGCUAACCACACUUGCAAAUGCACGUCAUAAUGCUACCUAUAUGGGUACCAUUGUGAAAUGUAACGAAGAAUAUCUUUUAGUUAAAUUCUUUAAUAAUCUUAAAGGCAUGCUAUACAAACAGCGUUUGAGUACUGUGCUUGGUAGUGAGAUGUAUACAUUCUAUGAGGGUCAAACAAUGGCAUUUCGCAUACUAGCAAAGAAGGGCGAGCAAAUCACACUAACUCUGGCCGAUGAUACAUUUGGCUUGGGAGAAAUAUGUCCUGUCACCAUAGUUCACACAUUGGAAUCAGGGUUGGAAAUUAAAAUUACAUAUCACCCAGAGGAUGACCAUGAGUUUGAUGAUGAGGAUCCCGAAAAUAAUGCGAUUGAAGUGAAAGGACUUGUGCCCUUACGUUUGAUUUCCGAUUAUCCCGAUUUAUUAUAUGCUAAAUUGCGAACCUACCCACCAGGCACGCAAACACAAGCCGUUUGCAUUGUAAAGAAUAUAUUCAGUAUGCGCGAUGUACCCUACUUCCUAACGCAUUUAACCAACAAUUGGAAAAAUAUUAAACAGGGCGAUAUUUUAAAAGCGCAUGUGAAGAAUGUCCAUGAAGAUAUCGUGGAGUUAUUGAUUCCUAUACGUAACUAUGGCAAGUUAGUGAAGGUACAUUUGAAGAUGUUGUUAGUGAAUGCCUAUAAGAAUUCAAAUUUACAACUUUCCCCGGAACAAGUUGUAUAUGUCAAAGUGUUGGGUAAAGAGCCCGCUACCAAAACGAUAACAGUAUCUGCAAGAUUAACAGAUGUAUGGAAUGGUGAUCUAAAUUCAACUGCACGUUUUCUGGAGGAUUAUUUAAAUGAAGUAUCGGAAGUAAGAAGAGGAAAUCAACGGUUGGGUUUUAAAAUUGGACAUCACAAAGUGGGCGAAAAGGUUGUAGCAAGUUUCCGCGGCGUAAAUCCUGCUACAAAGGAUUGGCAGUAUGAAAUUGAAAAAACAAAAGUCAUUGCUGUGGUGAAAUCAUCGAUAGUCGGCAAAGCUAAACCACCAAAAGUGGGCGCACAACAAGAAUGUCUCGUUCUGUGGGUUGACUACUCAAAUGAAGUAAUCUACAUCAGCAACAAGCAAGCUGAUGUAUCACAUGUUAACAACGAGAAAUAUAUAUCUAGCAAUUUGGUCGAAAAAUCAGGCAUUAAUGCCAAAGUUUUAUUAAAAACAGAUCAGCUUUUCAUAUGCUCGCUGAAGAAAGGUCCAAAUCCACUUAUUUAUUGUCCAAUUCGUUUACAUUUUAAUGAUUUUGAGAACUCCGCUAGCGCAGGCUUGGCGGAAGGUGGUUUCUGUAAACUCGCUUUCAUACAUGAUAAGUUACCAAUUGCAGUACCAGAUGAUACUUGGAGACUGUGGCAUGAUAUAAAAAAGAAACGCAAGGCUAAAACGGAGCUGGAUAGUUCACCUAGAGCGAAAAAAGUGAAAAUUGAAACAAUCAAGUUGGAGAUACCGGUUGAAAACGAAGUAAACAAGGUUGAAAAGCAAGAAAAAAAUAAAGCGAAAAAACAAAAACAGCAAACGAGAAGUGAUGAAAGCGAUGUGCCUGCCGCUAAAACGAGUAAGAAAUCAAAAAAAGAAGUACUGUUUUAUGAAGACAAAAUACCAAAUCCGAUUGUAAUCGUUGAAGACCCGCAUGUGGACUCUUCUGAUACAGAAGAUAAAAAUAGUUUUACGAAGCAGACACAGUCGAAAACACAUAUCCAAUCAAAAAAACCUACACCUAAAAUGUUGCCCGGUAUUGGCGAUUUCUGGAAUACAGAUUUAUCUCAGUUGAACAAUACCAGAAAAUCUACGGAAUCUAGUGAUGAAGACAACGACGAUGAGAACAAUGAUGCCGACCAAGCAGGUCAAAAGAAGAAAAAACUAACAUCUGCUGAGAAAUUCAAGCUACAACGUGAAGAGGAGACGCGUCUGCGUGAAAUUGAGGCAAAAUAUGCCGACCCGAACCAUUUGCCCGAAAGUGUAGAUCAAUUCGAUCGUUUGGUGCUUUCCGAGCCGAGUAAUAGUAAAAACUGGAUUAACUAUAUGGUCUAUCAUUUGCAAUCAGCUGAAAUUGAUAAGGCGCGUGCAGUAGCUCGACGUGCUAUUAAAGCUAUUUCUUAUCGAGAAGAUAAUGAACAACUCAAUAUUUGGGUAGCCUUAUUGAACUUAGAGCUGCGCUAUGGAAAUAAGGAAGCUUUUGAUGAGACACUCAAAGAGGCGAUAACUUUAAAUGAUCCGCUUAAGGUAUAUCUGCGGGUAGUAGAAAUACUUUGUGAUGCAAAGAAAACUGAAGAAUUAAUUGGCAUGAUCAGCUUGAUAACGAAGAAGUUCAAGGCACAACCGGAAGUAUGGCGCGCCGCAGCAACUGCAUAUUUUAGCAUAGAUAUGCAUGAACGGGCGCAGCAAUUGCUGCAUAAAGCACUGGCUUGUCUGCCCGAAAGAGAACAUGUCAAUAUCAUUGUUGCUUUUGGUAAUUUAAAUCACAAAUAUGGAAAUAAUGAAAUGGCGCAAACACUACUCGACCAAGUGGUCACCUCAUAUCCGAAACGUGUAGAUGUGUGGGCGCAAUAUAUCGAUAUGUUGGUUAAAUCCGAAAUGGUUGAUUCUGCGAGAAGCGUUCUCGAACGCGCCACCAUUCAGAAAAUACCAAUGAAGAAAAUGCGCACUAUUUUUAAGAAAUAUUUAGAAUUCGAAGAACGGUUUGGCUCUGAAGCAGAUGUAGAAAAGGUGAAGAAAUUGGCUAAGGAAUAUGUUAAACGUAAUGCGCAUCAAUAAGCAUACAUGUUUUAUUUGUGAAUAUUAAUGUAUUUUGACACUAGUUAAGUUUGAUUGAAAUAAAAAUUAAUUAUAUUAUAUAA